CACAGGACAGGAAGCACAGCUCCACCCUGCUGAAUUCGGGCCAGCAACAGCUCGGCCAGGACUGCGACACGUAUCAGUCAAAUGGUUCUCAGUGGACCAUAAAGGAGAGCUAAGAGCCUCUGCUAAGUAGCAGGCUUGCAUUGUUGCGUCCGGAUUCGUGUUUCAGAAAGUUUUACCACCAAGUUCCGUCUCACACGAUGUGGACUGCUGAACUGGUGGCGACUUGUGAGACUCUCAUGGAUGAUCGAUAGGCGUCGACAUACGAAUCCGCCACUUACCGUUAGUCCAGCACCGUGUUCAUACCAGGCGGUCAGAAGUGAUUAGUUCCGUCACAGUCGUGUGCGGUAAAGAGCCUUCCCUCCACACAGGAGCGAGUCUGCAUUGCUCCAAUACUACCACUCAUCCAUUCGUCCGGUUCAGUUCCUGAGAAUCAGUCGUGGGUGCAAUCGGCUUCUCUGCCGUGGCUUUUACGCUGGUGCUGGCCUCUUAAAGCCAUGUGCGGGCCUGGCGCGAGACGACUGGCGUCCAUUCUCCCUCGCGUGUGGGUUCGUCGCCUCGAUGUGGGGUGGGAGUGGGUGAUGCUGCGACUGGAGAUUCUCCUCGAUUCAACGGUCAAGGUCUUGGGGCCACUCUACGUCCUCCUCGCCCUCGUCCUCAUCCUCGCCAUCAUCUAUCUGGCCUUCACGCUGCUACUCCCCAUGUCAUGGCCCAUGCACACCCCCGCCGGCAUAUGCCACGGCAUAGCAGCUGCGUGGGUGUCCUUCAACAUUCUCUUCAACUUCUACUGUGCGGCUACCAGGCACCCCGGCUCGCCACCUCCCCUUGCGCUCCCAGACAAGGAGAGCAGGGGGCCACAGGGCGAUGUGCGCCUGAGCAUGGGGCGGGCCGUGGCAGACAUGCAGCUGAACCUCUCAGACUCCAUGCCGUGUGUGCGCUGGUGCGACAAGUGUCAGAAUCUGAAACCCCCUCUGACGCAUCACUGUCAUAUAUGUGAAAGAUGUGUGCUCAAGAUGGACCAUCACUGUCCGUGGAUGCACAACUGCAUUGGCCUUCGCAACUACCGAUACUUCUUCCUCUUCUUGCUGUACCUGUGGGUGGGCUGUGGCUACUCAGUGGUAGUAGCCACAAUGCUCAUAGCCGACCGGGAAAAGAUGGCCGAGCCUCUCCCAGGGGUGAUCUUCACGUUUGUGGUGGCGCUGGCGGCGUUCAUCGCCAUCGCGCUGCUGCUGGCAUGGCACGUGUACCUCGUGGCCACCGCACAGACCACCAUUGACUUCUACGACUUCGUGCUACGACGCCGAGAGGCCAGACGAGCCGGACGAGUGUGGGUGAACGAGUUUGACCUGGGCGUGUGCCGCAACUUCCAGGCCACCUUUGACGUGUCGGGGCCGCUGUGGCCGCUGCUCAUGCUGCUGCCGCGCACCUCCGUGCCCAGAGGCGACGGCAUCCACUUCCCCACCAUCCAUGACCUACGAUCGUGAGGCCGCUGUGGAGUCGACUGGAAUGACGCCUGUGCAUGCCUGCAAGUCCCACAUGCAUCUCUAGGGGCGACGGUGUCCACUUCCCCACAUUCAUGACCUGCGAUCGUGAGGCCGGUGUGGAGUCGGCUCGAGUUUUGCCAACCCUGGUCCCACAUGCAUCUCCAGAGGCGAUGGUGUCCACUUCCCCACAUCCAUGACCUGCGGUCGUGACGACGACCCCAUAGUACAUGACAUGCACUCACGAGGACCCCUUGGCACAUGACAUGCGCUCUUCAAGGGCUUAUCAUAACAUGACCUGCAACGUACAUGAGUGACUAGACUUAGGGGUCCCGCCUGCGUCCAUCUCUAGAGGUCUUGGCAGGCAUCCACUUCCCCUCCAAUUCGAACAUCCAGGACGUGCGCUCAUGAGGUGGCUGUGGUGUGGAGUCAACUCAAAUAAAACCCCCAUGCUGCUGUGGGGACCAGCACCACACCACAUGCAUACCGCGACCGGUACAGCCCUAGAAGUGACACCACCACACCAUCCACUCCCCCGCCUUAGAUGACCUGCACUAGUGAGAAGCAGAGGCUGGAGACAGUAAUAGUAGGGCACCUGUUUGAAAAAAUGACCUUCAUUCAU